AUGUCGUUGGAUAUGAUUUCAGCCAAUUUUGCAGUCGACAAGGGUCUCCCAGGGGUCUCAUCCCAUUUUUAUGAUGCAGCCUCAAGUAAUUUUCACAACGGACAUAAGCUAGAGCAAAAGGUUUGGUGGGAAACUCGGUCAGUCUGUGGGCGGAACGAGGAGCUUUAUGUCAAUAAUUUGGAAGUAAUAUGGAGUAAAAUAUCUGAUGAGUCAACUCGCUUUCCUCUACUGGCUCUAAUGAUGGAAACGCCUAUCAUAGACGCCCAUUGGACAUCAUUUCAUCUGUCGUCAAAUCAGUUGGAUGAAUUUGAGGUUUCCUCUGACUUUUCCAAAACCGGUCGAAUUCAGUCGGGAAUAUCAAUAUUCGAAUCCCAACGUUGUACAUUUGUUGAGCACACAGGGGCUUCAUAUGUUUCUAGAUUGCCUUUUAAUGUUGAGGCUGCAUGGCCAUUAAAGUGUGGCGUUCUUCUGGAAAGGCGUGCUAACGGUUCUUCGGCACGUAUGUGCUUUGCCAAUGAUGAAAAUCAAAAAAUUGUGGGUACAGUCGACAACCUCGAUCUGGUUGUUAUUGUUAAUAAAAAGUCAGGUUUGCAUUCCAUUUGGCGCCUUGAAAAGGCUCAAGUCGAGGAUUACGCUCACCUGUAUUUGAUUGACGAUGAUGGCAGAAUUACCGUGGCACCGGAAGCUUUAGCUCUUACCGAGGAACGUCCUCUAGCAGCCCCUUUCUAUUUGGAUGCAACUGCUCCUUCAACUCCGGUUGACUUGAAGCCAUCCGUAACUCCUUGCGCGUUUCAUCAGACAACGCCUCUCCGACAUCGAUUUCAACACCUCUCUAUCGGCUCUUCUCCGUUUCUCAGUCCAUUUAGGGCUUCAUUGCAAAAACUUAAAGAGAUGGCAAAGGCACCCCUUUCUCAACCACAGGCUUCCAUUUUUACCGACACAACCAGCGACGAUAGCACCGAGAGUGUUGCAGACCCGGGCGUGUCGUCCUCCCAGCCGAUUGACCUAGAUGAGCACAUUCGACGUCUCUCAGCGGUCAGUUUUUUUUCAUCGAAAAGAAUCGUCGAUGAUACCCAUCAUCUGAUUGCUCAAAGUAGCUUACAAAACUCCACUUUUGGGUCAGAGUCUCUGCAGUCUAUCCGAAAAAUCCGACGCGAUUCGAAAAGCAGCGAGUUGUUUAACAAGUCACGAAGCAGACACAAUUCUGUGACGCUGGGUUACUCCUCGAUUCCCGGCGUUUUUGCGACCUCCUCACAUCCUCAUCUUGAAUUUUCUAAUGGAGGCGAGUUGGAGUGUGGUUCCGUUGGUGUUGACGAGCCGCUACUUCCCAAGGUUUGCCUUACUCUGAUUUGGACAGAAAAACCCGAGAGACAAGCUGCCUUGCGUCUGGAUGAAAAAUCCAGUCCACCUAUGCAUCCGCGUGUGGCAGCCUUGUCUCAUCGAUCCAUUACCCGUCCUUCAUUAACUCAAGGGCAAACCCAGAAUAAACAAAACGCGAGGGUCGACCAAAGUAACCAAACAGCGCCUAAGAUGGGGCCUCAAAGACCGCUAGUCUUCCUUGUUAGGGACCUGAUUGAUAGACUCUAUAUCUGUCUUCUCAGUGGAAGUAAAAAACUGACAUGUCUAAGCCUCCGUGAUGUUGAGCCUUUGAAAGAAAAUGGGCAACUAUCAGAUUUGUGCGUAUCACAUCUCCCCGCUGUUGAUGCAGUUUAUGUCCCAGAAUCAAGAUUGACUGCGUGCUUGGAGCCAAAUGGGUCUAUUAUUCUCUACGCAGGUAUUACAAAGAUAUGCAUACUUGGAGUGAUCCCUGCAUUGGUAUCCAUAUUGUCGUCGUCGGCGGGAUUACAUUCAGGUAGUCUUCGUCCACUCUCUGUUCGACCGUCUAAAUCCGAUGUCGAGGUGUCUUUGGCUAAGGCUAAGGUAAUGGGAUUACUUUCACGAUUGAACGAUGGAGGCAACACUCCAACUGUUUCAGAAUCCCAACUGCAGGCAAAUUUGGAAGUUACUACGUCACAUUUGUCCUCGGUGCCCGUGACUUCGUUGGAAGCGAAGUCUGAUGCAAGCUGGCGCUUGUGUCUUCCGACGGGACACCAAUUUACCCUUGCAUUUAUGAAAGAAGUUCGAAGAAACGACGAAGAGGACUGUCAAAAUAGCGUUCAAGUUUGUGAGAGGGAAAUGGCUAUCCACCUACCCGUUCUCGCAAGCGUUACACUUGUUCGUCAUUGUCUGGACGCCUUCCGAUUUGGUCUACCAGAAGAAGUAGCUCUGCACCUUCUAGCGCGUUGGUUUUGCUACCGAAAUCCUCCAAACGCCGACAUUGGUGCCUGCGAACUCGCUUCUUUUGCUCGUUUUCUUCUCUUUACGUUUGGUCUCAUCCCCGAGGGUGAUUCUAUUCCCACCUCUCCCAUAGAAACUGAUACUGCAAACAUGAAACGCCUGAGAGAAAAGACAGAUAUCUCUACGGAUGACCACGAGGAGGACGACAUCAUCAUUGAACUGCUAAAGAGGUUGGAAAGUCCUUCCACUGAAUUCGUUACUGCAAUCAAAGACAGAGACGUACUGCGAUGGCGUAUUAUGUGUCACCUGCCUGAUGUGUUGUUUUGCCUCCAUAUGGUCUUCGAGAAUGACCAACUCAGUGUGCUUCUAGCUGAACAGAUCAGAGUUUUGGCUGCUGUGAACCACAUUAUCGCUAGGUAUGCGAGAUUCUCCUCCUAUGUCGAGUACUAUUCAAUGUGCGGCCUAUCAAGCCUAACCCCUGAUGACCUCUUCCCAAUCCCCCAAUUGCCUGCAGAAAUAACGGAGUUUCUCCUCUGGUCGCCACACGCUCGAAUAGCCUAUCAAACAGUACCCUCUUUGAAUCGUUGGUACCUGUCCACGCUGUCUGGGGAAAAUCCGCCUGUUCCAUAUUUGUACCUUGCCGGUGUGAACGAUAUGCCCGCCGUCCUAGCUACUCUUGUUUUGUGCACACAGGGUGGAACCAUAGAACAGGGUGUUGAUUCGCUACGUCACAUCAUCACCUUUUGGAUGGACAAAAUCGGUCUGGUCGGCUAUGCAAAAAGUCAGCUGGAGCAAAGCGAUACUUCCGAUCUCGUCAACGAAGCCUCGAAGAAUCAAAUUCUCCUUGCAUUUAUGACUGCUUUUGUCAAGGCGGAAAUGGGAAGGUCAAACACCGUGCCCGAAGGCGAUAUUUCCUACCAGCGUGCAGUUCUUUUUCUCAGUGAACUGGAAAUUCAAUUGUCAAAGAAAUUGGCCCAGAUGUCACCGGCCUACGCUAGUAUGAUUCAGACCACUCUAGUCAAAUGUCUGGCCCGUCCACCGGCAAAUUGCUCGCCUGACGUCUAUCGCUUAAUCGGUCGUAGUGACAUGGCGCGUCAGUUUGAAAUCAUGCAGAGCUCCAGCCUCCCGACUAGUAGAAGAUGCAAACACCCCUCCAACAUCCUAUGCUCUUCGUCUUUGGGUUCUCGCCAGACCGAUCGGACUGAAAACAGUUGCAGUAAGGGGUUAAAUCCUGCUGAACGUUGGGGUAGUCUUGUGCAUCCUCUCCUAUCUACUCCAAGUGCAGAUAACGCCCCUAAUGGUUCCUACGUUUGCAUGAUGGUCUCCAGACAUUUUCUGCUCACCACUCUAGAGAAUAGUCCCUCAUGUCAGGUCGCCUUUGAGGAUCUCCGUUUGCAGGAGGCUUACAAGAUGCUGCAAACCAGUAGUCAUAUUUGGCUUCCGCGCAGUUGUAAUGACGAGUCAACAUUUGGACCGAAGUUGUUUCCUCAGCCCAACAGUGGCAGUGCCAAUAGUAGCGAGGCUUCCUUUCUCUUAAGUAUCGCCAAGGCUAGACUAGACAUGCAUCUGGCAGCAGCCUGUCUGCGCACCUCGGCUCAGCCCUUGGGUAAGGGUAUGCUGGGGCUUGGCAGCCUGGUAGCUUCACCCCCACCUCUCCUGGCUGUGUACCCGCUGUGCCUCCGCGGCAGAGUCGUGGCUUCCUCCUCCUCUCUCUCUGCUCUCCCAAUGCAUCAGGACCUGGCGCGGGGCAGUCUGGUGGAGAGCAGGCGUCCAGCUGUUGAUGCAGACAAUGGUUUUGCUGCGUCCGACCACCCGGGCAAUGCUACCGCCCUCGCAAUCUUAGCAGCCGUCGUGGCUACUGGUUGUGCCGGCUCACUCAGGACUGCCUGCUCCUUAUCGCGCCUUAUGGGCCCAAUUGACACAGGCACGCUCGCAACCAGUGGUGCGGAAGGUGGAGGAGGUGCAGUUACCCGCCAGCUAGUGACCACAGCUUCCAGCGCUGCUCUCUCUGCUGCCUCUGCUGUCUCCUCCAGCAACUUGCCCCACGCUCCUGCCGUGUUAGCCGCACAACACUGGCCGGAGUUUCAUAAUGGUGUGGCCGCCGGUCUCAUGGUCUCACCCCAUGCCUCAAUUGAUACUACGUGGAUUGUGCAGAACUGUAAGGCCAUUGCAUUUGGAGCCUCGACCUCCGCAGAGGUGCUCAACUCAACUCCGCCCUCUGCGUGUCCCUAUUCGCCCACUCAGGCCGGCUUCCUCUUCGGUCUCGGCUUGAAUGGCCAUCUGAACAAACUCUCGCCUCACCACAUUCGCGAAUUUACCAUUCAGGUGCAUGACCUCAACAAUGCUGCUGUCAUACUGGGUCUGUGUGCUGGCAAACGCGGAAGCAUGGAUCAGGCUGUUCUACGAUUGCUUGCUGUACACUAUCGGCCUUUGCUCUUGCCGGAGCCGGUUCUGGUAGACAUGAGUGUACCCUCGUUGUGUCAGGCUGCGGCUGCAUUUGGUCUGGGUCUCCUCUUCCAGGGUUCUGCUCACCGACAUAUCGCCAGCAUCCUACUUACAGAGCUGGGCAGACCUCUGGGCGGUUCGCAAACGGGCGCUGGUGGCAACGCGGUUGUUUCCAACGAUCCUGCGACAGUUGGCGGAGAAGUUACAAACAACAACGAUCCCUCUGCUUCUGACGUCAAUGGCCCUAAUGAUCACAAGGUAGCAACUGCCGGCGGUGCAGGUGGCUUUGCUGGUGAUAAUCGCGAGCUCAUAUCUCUCUGCGCUGGCUUCGCUUUGGGCUUGGUCUUACUGCAGCAUGGCGAUUCACCGUGUGGUCUAUCAGAUCUGGCUGUUGCAAACACGCUCUACGCCUACAUGACGGGUGGACGCAGAGAUUCAAGUUUCUAUAACCUGGAUGCCUGUUUUGAAGGCCAUGAUCAGACAGUCGAUGCUCUCCGUGUAGAAAUUCCCCGACCACUUGCUGGUUAUCCGUUGGAGAAGUAUCUUCAACCUCAUUUACUAGCUGUCUUGGGGCGUUCCCGCAUGCUAAUGAAGAAGCCUUAUUGUGCCACCUCCAUUCUCGCAACUCCUAAUUGUGUCUCCUCCAUUCCUACGGAGGAGCUUGCUGAUUUGGGUCUUCCGAAUCACCUUGGGGCAACACAUUCUGCUAACGCCAUCUCAAUUUCCGAAUCUAAUCGGAUGCUAGCUUCCGUGGAUCCCUUAGAAUCUGUUAUUCAAGAUACCCUACGUCGAACCGCGGAAGGAAGAACGGUAGAAAAUUCGCUCCCCACGCCCUCUGCAGCACUUCACGGGUCCUUUUCGACACGCUAUCAGCGCGUAGCCCCAAUCGGUGCAACUGUCCAUUCGACUCAAAGCCAACAGAUUAGGGAGCGCGAUUCCUACAAUAACGAUGUUUCUGCUCCAGGCGCCAUAAUAGCUCUCGGUUUUGCCUAUCUUGGCACCAGCAAUGAAACGGUUUCGAGUUGGUUGCAGGCACCAAAUACCUAUCGUGAACUAGAGUUGGUGCGGCCUGAUAUGCUUGCUCUUCGUAUCAUUUCUUGGGGUCUGGUAAACUAUAAAAGUGUAAAGGCCACUGUUGAGUGGAUACAGGCUCGACUCCCAGCGUGCAUUGUUAAGGUGUUAAUGCCGGUGCCACUGAAGGAGGGUGUAGGUGCUGCAACGUCAGAGGAGAUGAAUGAUCCCACAUCUCCGUUGGUUAUGUCCACCGAAACUGAUAUCGAAAAUAGAGGACCACGACGUCGAGCACCACCCAGUGAAACGAGCAAUUUGCGUGGAAUCCCGACUCGAAGGCAACCACUUUCACCGAAGUUACCUAUAAUUCAACCCUGCAGUCCAUUCACUCUACCAGAAGCUUCCAAGUCUCCAAUAAUAGACUACUCAACGAUCAGCCAAGCCUACCUAAAUAUUAUCGUUGGUGCUUGCUUUGUGAUCGGGCUAAAAUACGCUGGAACCUGCGACUCGGAAGCAGCAGAGCUUUUGCAUAAGGUGACUGUUAGCAUUCUCACCGGCGACUGGUGGCCACCGAACCGAGCCACUUUCACUGAAACGACGACGAUGACAUCUUCCCCUUCGAGCACACUGUCAAAUUCUUUCAUCACAAAUAUACCGCCACGGCUGUACGAUCUACCUCCCAUGGAGCACUCGGUGCGAUAUGCCGCUGCAACCUGUCUUACCGCCCUUGCAAUGGUGUUGGCGGGCUCGGGAAGUUUGACUGUCCUACGAAUGGUGCGCAAACUGCGAGCUAUUCGCUUCUUUGGUCGCUGUCCUAAGACAGUUACGAUCUCCUCAGCCGUGUCACCAAGCUGGCCUUCACCGGCGGAGACGGCCAGGCUCUUCCAGGUGGCUGCCGCUGUCGCACAGACCACGCCCAGCAUCCAGGUGGGGCCUAACAGCAAUCCUGCUAAUCAACCCGUUUCGACAGCUGCUCUUCUUGGCUCUGUGUUGGCCCCAGACUUUGGUCUACAGAUGAUUUAUGGCAGUGUUGUCGGCCUACUCUUUUUGGAGGCGGCGGCUUUAUUAACAAUCGCAUUUUUCCCACGUUAUCCCAUUUAUGCAGGCGACAACUGGUAUCAUUUGCAAUGUUUGCGACACCUCUAUGUACUCGCCACCGAACCCAGACGCCUGUGUGGAGUAAAUGUUUCAACGAAUCAGGUCGAGCCAGUAUCCUUGAAGUAUUGGUACAAAGAUAAACCUGGAUGUUGUAUUUCCAACCGAACAGCCGUUUUCACCUCUGACUUCUGGGAGCGUGGAUCCAGUAUUCAGCUCUCUUGUGGCAAAGCAUCUACCACUUUUGAACGUGGAACUGCUGAAUGGAAAUUGCUGAAGCUUUACAAAUUUGGUCUUUUAUUGCCAAUUAGAAAGUCAUUGGACGAGGCUGGAUUCUUUUUCGUCACCAAAGCACCUUUUCCCGAUCCACAUGCACACUUUGAAGGAGUCAUCAAAACAUGUCUAACCAAUUGGACUCAGCCGAUGUGUAUGUGGCAACUGCGGCUAAUAGCCACUUUCCUUGCUUCUGAGUGCCAAACUCAAAUAAUCGGUAACAAGUGGCCGGAUAAAAUAUUCCGGUCUUCUGGCGUUCUUGCUCAGUCUCUUGCAAUGCAAUUAAUGGACCAAUUUCUUCUCCACGCUGGAGAUAUUCAGAGAGGUCUUCAUGUCUACUUCUUUGGAGGUGCUUCAGAGAAACGGUCCUUACCCUCCGAUGUUCGAAGGAAAACUAUCAGCUUCCGUAUCUGGUUCUCCCUUCUUCCAUCCAGCCAACUUAGAACACUUUUGCCUAUUCCCAACGGAGAUCAGGCGGUAUCUCUUACUGAAUUUUUGGUAUCAAUCAGACCAGUUAAAGGUGUGAUCGACCCACAGACUGUCUACUGGUUGUACAAAUUUUUGUAUACCACAUUCUAA